AUGGUAAAUUUGGAUCAAAACGCCUACCAGCUAGAAGGUAAAGAACCUGAUCUCUUUCAGAGACUUUUUCGGAGACCACAGCAAGUUGACCGGCAAGACAUGGUUAAGAGCUUGAGAAAGAACCACAAAUUAGUAUGUGUUAUAGCUGGGAACAUUUCUCCUAUUGAUGUCAUCACUCAUGUUCCAAUUUUGUGUGAAGAAACUGAAAUUCCCUAUGUUUACGUUCCCUCAAAAGAAGAUCUAGCAAAUGCAGGGGCCACAAAGAGGCCAACUUGCAGUGUUUUGGUAAUGACCAAGCCUGCCAAGGGAGAACUGAGCCCAAAGGAACUGGAAAAACUAAAGUCAGAAUAUGACCAGGUUAAAGCAGAGGUUUCUGAACUUGCAGCCACACUUUUCUAA